AUGAGUUCAACGCUCCAGAAUAGUGUAACAGUUGUGCCCGUUGGGAAGAAAACUAAAGAAGAAGUUUUAGCCGAAUUUGAAAAUGAUUUGGUUCGAUUUGAAUCCAUGACUUUAAAACUAUAUGGACAUGACCAACCUUUGCAAUUCUCGAGAAAUAUGGAUCCUUUCCCUCAGAGACUUCAUUUUCGAUUACCUGAAUACUCCAUUUAUCUCUUGACCAUAAGGUUUAAGGUGAAACAGAGACCUUUGAGAAAUUUAACUUAUCACCAAACAGUGAAGAAAAAAAGAAUACCGGUGGAUGAUCGAAAUCUAGAAAUGAAAGAAGUUGCCUCAGUUAAUAAUAUUGACGAUACAGGUGAUUAUCAUGAAGUGACAUUUGCUCCUUCAGGUGUUCCGGGAGGAACGUUUUUGAGAGGCAAGUAUAAAGCUAAAAGUCUGGUUAAAGAGAAUGGAGUGUUGAUCUGGAGUUAUAAAUGGACUUUGGAAGUCAUUGAAAAGGGGUCCGCUCCAGAAAUUGGUGGUUUUGGUGACGAAGAAGAAGAACCAGAUGAAUGA